AUUGUCCCCUUCGGGGUGACAUACGAAAAAAUUGGAACGAUACAGAGAAGAUUAGCAUGGCCCCUGCACAAGGAUGACACGCUUACCCAGAGUGGCAGCUCUACGGAGCUCAAUAUUUAUGCUGUUUUUCCCUAUGAGUUGUCUUGCCUCGAUACUUCUCAUUUUACCGCCGUGGAACCUAGUUUCCGACUGAGCUAUCUCUUGAUAUUUCCAUUUCCCAGUGUUCCACUCCAAGUUGAGAUGAUGCCGCAAAACCCGCAAUCUGGUGUUCACCCUACGAGGUGCACCGAACUUAGUAUAAUUGCUAGCCAUGAUGAGAGCAAUGUACAUGACACUGCAUCCGAGAGGUAG